GACCCUUUAACAAAGGGUGGAUCUUGACCGUUUGUGAUCAAUGAUGCGACACUCCUCAAAAGAUUGAAUCCAUGUUUGCUCAGACAUUUAUGCGUCGCUGCAAUGGCGGCUGCCGGGAGGUGUUAUUCUCUUCCUCCAUCUUCAGGGCUACCUACUCUACAAAUGCAGCCGGAACUUCUCCCGCCGCUACGAAAUUCUUGCCGGAGUAUCUCACGAACUCACUGGGAUUCUCGCGACAAGAAUCUGCGUCUUUAGCCGCCAAGGUAAGCCGCUUUGCAUCCACAACAAAACCCAAAUUGGUUGUAGAUUUCCUGAAAAAAAUGGGUCUUGAUUCCACCCAGAUAAGGAAAUGCGUUUCCAGAUUCCCCAAAUUGCUGUACAUCGACGUCGACAAAACCCUAAACCCCAAACUCCAGUGUCUCCAAGAACUCGGGCUUUCCGGGUCGGACCUGUCGGGUAUGAUUGAAAAAGGCCCAAAAUUUCUUGAGAGGGGAUUAGAUUCCAAUCUCAAACCCACCCUAGAUUUUCUCAAACAAGUAUUUGGGAACAAUGAGGAUGUUCGUGCAAUAAUCAAGAUUUAUCCUUGGAUACUAAGCACCACUUGUCAGGCUAUGCAGCAAAACUUUUCCUAUUUUCAGAAGCUAGGGUUUUCAAAUGAGAAAAUCAAGUGGUUUAUAGCUAGGAGACCAAAUGCAUUGCAAUUUCCUCCUGAAUGGUUUGAGGAAAGGGUGAAUAUGCUGGAGAAAGACUUCAGCAUUCCCCGCAAUUCGCCUAUGUUCUUCUACGGAAUAUAUGCAAUAACCUCUAUAAGCAAGUCAUCAAUGGACAAGAAAAUGGCAGUCUUUAGGAGUUUUGGGUGGUCUGACUCGGAUAUAGUCACUAUGUUUCAUCAUCAACCAUUUUACUUUACACUCUCUGAGGCUAAUAUCAGAAAGAAAUUGGAUUAUUUCAUGAACCAACUAGGGUACAAACCGGAUUUUUUGUCCACGCGUUCUCUUUUCACAUAUAGUUUGGAGAAGAGAGUAUUGCCAAGAGUGAAUGUGUUGAACACCUUGAAGGAGAAGAAGCUGGUUGUGAAAACUCAUUGUCUUUAUAGCAUUAUAUGCCUCACAGAAUUGAAGUUUGAAAAGAUGUUUCUGCUGCCCUAUAAAGAUGUGGUACCUGACAUGUAUGAAUCAUACAAGAGAAGGUUGGGGAGGUAGUACUUUUCUGGAUUUCUGGGUAACCUUCUUCCCAAUGAGGUGAUGAUCAUUGUAUUCUUUAAUACCAGGUUGUAAUGUGAGACCAUAAGAGUAUUUCUAGUUUUGAUUACUAUGAGAGGAAUUUGAUAUGAAAUGACCAUCAAUUUUGAAAGCCAAUGCUGUUUUGGUCUUUGAAUUUCUGGUUAUGUUUUCAGUUUUUGUGGAUUACGUGGGAAACCUACUGUCAAUAUUGGGGUGUGCAUUGAGUAAAAUCUUGCUUAUAUCGCUCUUACUGAAAGUCAAACUUGUAACCUUGAUUAUCAAAUCAACGAUCUGAACAACUUGGCUUGGUUUUCGA